GACUCUCGACUUGACGAACUCGACUCGAAACGAGCAACCCCAUACGCCCUUCUGCCUCCAUCACUCGACCCAUCUACAAUUGCAGAACCUCAAUGUCGAAAACAUCGACGUCGCAGGUGCACACGCGCGAGCGGCGCGACCUCUACCAUGAGGCCGACGUCGUCGUCGUCGGUGCCGGUGUCUUUGGCUGCGCGGCCGCGUUCGCGCUCGCAAACCAGGGACGCUCUGUGCUGCUUCUCGAGAGAUGGCUGCACGAGCCCGAUCGGAUCGUGGGCGAGCUGCUACAGCCGGGCGGGUUGACGGCCUUGCGGAAGCUGGGCCUGGGCCACUGUGUCGAGAAUAUCGACGCGAUCCCGUGCUACGGCUACAACGUCAUCUACCAUGGAGAGCCGUGCGCCAUUCCUUACCCCAGCCUGAACGAGAAGGGUGAAGUGACACAUGCGUGGGGAGGGAGGGGGACGGGCGGAACGAAGCAAGAAGGAUGCGGCUUCCAUCACGGCAAGUUCAUCACGCAGCUCCGCAAGGCGUGCUUGGGCCACCAGAACAUCACCGUGGUCGAGACGGAAGUUGUCAAGACGAUUCGAGGAGAGCACACGGAUCAGAUUCUGGGCGUCGAGACGCGGACGACGGUGAACAAGGAGACUGGGGAGAAGAAGAGCGACUACUUCUUUGGCCAGCUCACCAUUGUGGCCGACGGCUACGACUCCAAGUUCCGGAAGCAAGUCCUGGAAACAAAACCCGUCGUCAAGAGCAAGUUCUACGCCCUGGAGUUGAUCGACACGAAGCUACCGCUGCCCUUCCACGGCCACGUCAUCAUCGGCAACGCCUACCCCAUCCUCCUCUACCAGAUCGGCACCCACGAGACGAGAGCGCUGUUCGACGUGCCCCAGGGCAUUCCCGAAGCCUCGCCCGAAGCCGGCGGCGUCCGCGGCUACAUUCAGAACUGCGCCAUUCCCGCGCUCCCCGAGUCCGUCCGGCCAGCUGCCGAGCGGGCGCUCGCCGACGGCAAGAUCCCCCGCAGCAUGCCCAACAGCUGGCUCCCUGCGGUGCCCCAGACCCCGAGCGGCCUCGUCAUCCUCGGCGACGCGCUCAACAUGCGACACCCGCUUACCGGCGGCGGCAUGACCGUCGCCUUCAACGACGCCCUGCUGCUCGCCGAGCUACUCCACCCGGACCGCAUCCCGAACCUCGAGGACACGGCGGCGAUCCGCGACGCCAUGCACAAGCUGUACUGGCGCCGCAAGAACUUCACCAGCAUCAUCAACACGCUCGCGCAGGCACUGUACUCGCUCUUCGCCGCAAACGACCGCCAGCUACGCGCGCUGCAGAUGGGCUGCUUCGAGUACUUCCGCCGCGGGUGGACCGACGGCCCGGCCGGCCUGCUCGGCGGCAUCAUCCAGCGCCCGCUCGUCCUGGCGUACCACUUCUUCUACGUCGCCUUCGUGGCCAUCUGGAUGAACGGCUGCAACGUCAUCGGUGGUCCUCUCGGCUUCUGGAAGCUGCCUCUUGCACUGAUCGAUGCCGUCCUCAUCUUGUGGAAGGCUUGCGUCGUCUUUUUGCCAGUCAUUUGGCGAGAGGGCUUCCAAUAAGAGCAAGCAAUUGGCAGGCACGAUGGCAGUCGUCUUCUUCCUGUCUCACUAUAUAUAUAUAUAUAUACAUAUAUAUAUGUAUAGAUAUACUUUUGUAUGAGAGCAUCGAUGUUGGGAUUUGUUUUACGUUGCCACAAGGCGACGCGCGGAGUUUCACACGGUUGGCAAAAACGAAUGCAUGUGGCUUGGUAUUUCUCACUUCACUCUCCCCCCUUUAUAUAAUACAGAUGUGGCACGACAUGAGAUCUUGCUAGACGGCAUGACCGGUGGGUGAUCUUGAUACGCCAUCUAGGUACCAUAGAAAAGCAGCAGAGGAGGUUUGGGCAAGGAGGGCGAUGGCGCCGAGCUUUGGAUGAGCAAAUGGUUUUUUCACGCAGUUAUGGCUAGAGCAAGAUGCUAGAGACAUUAGACGGUAAUUGUAAUACUUAUUCGAU